AAUUAUUGUUUAUUAUUUUUCAUUCUUCUCGAUCCUCGUUUUUCACACUAAAUUCUGUUUUCGAUUUUAACCUAGAAAAAUUAACAAUAAAAACCACAUCCUCCAUUGUUUUUUUUUAAUUAGACGACAUUGAUCUUCAAAUCUUCACAAAAAGCGCCAAUUAUUUUUAAGAAACCCAUCAUUAUCAAUCUAACAUAUUUUCGUUUUCUGUUUUUUUCUGGGUGAUGUUUAUGUCAAAAUGUUAGAGAAAUCCGGCUCAUGAAUUGGGUUAUUAGUUGUGAAAAGCCAGAGAUUCUGAUAAGUUAUGGGGAAUUUUCUGCAUGGGUUUGUUUUCCCAUUGCUGCUAUUAACAGCUGCUUUACUCAACUGGAGUAUAAUCUCUUUGGUUGAGUUGUUGAUUUUUCUGGUCAUUCAAUAUACUUCUCCAAACACUGGAUUGGGUUCUCAGAGACGAUUUACACAUUGUUGUAUUAUUGCGUUCUGCGUACUAGCGACCUCUUCACAAAUGGUCUUUCAUAUUAUUUGGGCUGUUAAAGGGAAGGAAUGGAGUAUAGCUGAUGCUUCAUGGGCGAAGCUAGUUGGCUUUGCGAGUGUGCAACCUUGGGGAUCUUCGACUAUAAUUUAUUCCUUGGUGGUACAGUUAUUGGUGGCUUUGGUUGCGAUACUUGACAUUCGUUGGAGUAGAGUUGGUCUGGUUUCGGGGAGAGGUACCUGUUGGAGGAGUUUUUCAUCAUAUGUUGUCGAUUUAGGUUCUCAUGUCAGGGUUGCCUGUUGCUUAUUUUUGCCCGCUGUUCAGCUGGUUGUUGGGAUAAGUCAUCCAUCUUGGGUUUCUCUACCAUUCUUUAUCUGUAGCUGUGUUGGUCUGGUGGACUGGUCUCUAACGAGCAACUUUUUGGGCCUCUUCUGGUGGUGGAGGCAUCUGCUAGCCUAUGCAGGCUUCUAUAUUGCUCUACUUUAUACAUACCAGCUCCCCAUUAAUUUCUCAAUUAUGGUUCAAACAGUAGCCGAGUUUAUUGGGCUAUACAAAGUAUCUGCAGCCCUAGAGUGGACCAGAAUCUGUUGUUGUAUUUCUCUUCUAAUUUUCUACUUAAUGUUAUCCAUUAUAAAGUGCGACCUCGAGGAAAUGAAUUUUAUCAUGUCUACAAGAAAUAGUAGCUUGUCAGAGCAGCUUCUCCCAUCAAGGCAUUCGUUUUUCAUUCGUAGAUCAAGAUCUGGUGUUAGGCACACAAAUAUGCUAUUAAGAGGAGCAGUUUUCCGAACUUUUAGUAUCAACUUUUUUACAUAUGGUUUUCCGGUCUCACUGGUUGCUCUUUCAGUUUGGGGUUUCUUUUUCACUAGUGUAUGUGCGUUUUGGCUACUCGCAUAUGUUGCCUACGCUCUAUAUGCCUUCCCUUCCUUUUUCCAGUUACACCACUUAAAUGGAUUGCUUCUUGUCUUCAUUCUUUUGUGGGCUACUUGCACUUAUGUCUUCAAUGUGGCAUUCACAUACCUGAAUAAGGAAUUUUGGGAGGACAUGGAAAUUUGGGAAACAAUUGGUUUCUGGCAUUACCCCAUUCCUGGUUUUUUUCUGCUUGCUCAAUUUUGUCUUGGAAUUCUCGUUGCCAUUGGUAAUCUCGUGAACAAUACUGUUUUUAUGUACAUGGCUGAUGUGGAUAGGCGAGCUACCGCUGAAGAUUAUAGUAUAGAAGAAGGAGAAGAGACCAAGGUAUUAAUCAUCGCUACACUAGCUUGGGGACUACGGAGAUGCUCUCGUACUAUCACUCUUGCACUGAUAUUUUUUCUUGCCAUUAAACCUGGAUUCAUUCAUGCCAUCUACAUGAUUUUCUUUUUGUUGUUUCUGAUGAGCCACAACGUGAGUAGAAAGUUACGGCAAUCCCUGAUUCUUCUGUGUGAGACACAUUUUGCCCUAAUGUACAUCCUUCAGCUUAAUAUGGUCUCUAAAGCUUUAAAGAAAAGAGGAUCGUUAAGCAUGGGAAUUCUGUCACAGUUAGGUCUCUUGGAACCUGCUACCACGUGGGAUUUCUUGCAAAUAGCAGUGCUUUUGUGCUUCUGUGUGGUUCAUCACCACGGGUUUGAAAUGCUUUUCUCCUACUCGGCAAUUGUGAGGCACAUGCCUUGUACUCCAGUUGGGUUUAGCAUUUUAAGGGCUGGAUUGAACAAAUCUGUUCUACUUUCAGUCUUUACCUCCCCCAAAAGCAGAGAGAGCCGAUCCAAUAAAUCUUCAUAUGAGAGGAGGAUAGCAACAUAUCUCAAUGCAGUUGGUCAGAUGUUUCUGUCUGCUUACCGCUCAUAUGGGACCUAUAUUUCGUUUUUGACAGUCCUCGUUACAGUGUAUCGGAUGAAGCCAAACUAUAUAUCAUUUGGUUUCCUUUUCUUCCUUCUGUUUUGGAUAACUGGAAGACAACUUGUUGAGGUGACAAGAAGGCGCUUAUGGUUUCCCUUGAAAGUUUACUCUAUUGUAGUGUUUGUCUUCAUUUACAGCUUGAGCAUUUUCUCCAGCUUUACGACAUGGCUAACAGAAAUAAUAAACUUAUCUACCACCUUGGGUUACAACCCUGAAACAUCACUGUUGCAAAAUAUUCGAGAACCUCUAACUGUUCUAAUCGUGAUGCAACUUUAUAGCUACGGAAGGAGACAGAGCAUAUUCAAGUAUAACCGAGAAGAUGACAUGCAUUUGUCACAGACGGGACUGCUAGGGUUUAUUAGGCGUCUCCUGAUUUGGCACAGCGAAAAAAUUCUGUGUCUUGCUGUAUUCUAUGCAUCUAUAACUCCAAUCAGUGCAUUUGGACUUUUAUAUCUCCUUGGUCUGGUUAUCUGUUCAACGUUACCUAAAGCUUCUCGGGUUCCUUCCAAAGUGUUUUUGGUGUAUACAGGAGUUCUAGUGAUAGCUGAGUAUCUUUAUCAGAUGUGGGGCAAGCAAGCUGAGAUGUUUCCUAGUCAAAAAUACACAUGGCUGUCAACUUUUCUAGGUCUUCAGCAAUUUAAUCCGGGGUGUUGGGGUAUGGAGUUGGGUUUCAGAGGAAAAGUUUUGGUGAUAAUUGCUUGUACUCUCCAAUACAAUGUCUUUCAUUGGAUGGAAAUGAUGCCAACCGCUCUUGUAAAUACGGAAAAAUGGGAAGAGCCUUGCCCACUAUUUCUCUCUAUAAAAGAUAUGUCAUUUAACAUCUCAAUCUGUGAUGGGGAAAGUGAACCUUCAGAAAAUUCGAGUCUGCUCUCUGUGAAGGGAAGGAGUGUUAUCAGCAAAUCAUGGCCAUCUUUCAUCUCUAGUGCAUCUCAACAACAAGAUCCUGGUUCUUCUGCAACAGGAGGCUCGAGAAGUAGUACCACCACGAAAAAUUCUGUUGGAUGCACAUCAGAAAGUCAUGACGAGAAUUACAAAUGGAAUAAGAAGCAAAUUCUUGCUUCAAGGAAAGAGAGGAUGGACAUGCAGAAGAAAACACUAAAAGUAUAUUUGAAAUUUUGGACCGAGAAUGCUUUUAACCUAUUUGGACUUGAGAUAAACAUGAUUGCGUUACUUCUUGCCAGCUUUGCUGUCUUGAAUAUCAUUUCUAUGCUUUAUAUUGCAUCCCUCGCAGCUUGUGUUCUUCUGGGUAGGCAGGUUAUACAUAAGCUGUGGCCCUUGUUUGUCUUUGCAUUUGCCUCCAUUCUCACCUUUGAGUACUUGGCCAUAUGGAAGGAUCUGACAUCUUGGAAUCAACAUGUUCCUAGUGAACAAAAAGUGCAUUGCCAUGACUGUUGGAGAAGCUCAGUUAUUCACUUCAACUACUGCAGAAGCUGUUGGCUUGGGGUUAUAGUUGAUGAUCCUAGAAUGCUUAUCAGCUACUAUGUUGUUUUUAUGCUUGCAUGCUUCAAACUCCGUGCUGAUCGUUGUACCAGUUUAACCGGGUCAGUUACUUUUCAUCAAGUGAUAUCUGAAUGUAGGAGUGCAUUAGUAUGGAGAGAUCUCUCGUUCGAAACUAAAAGUUUAUGGACAUUUCUUGACUACCUGAGGCUUUACUCUUAUUGUCAUUUAUUGGAUGUCGUGCUUGCAUUGAUACUCAUUACUGGAACCUUAGAGUAUGACAUUUUGCAUCUUGGCUACCUUGGUUUCGCUCUAAUCUUCUUUCGGUUGAGGCUUGAAAUUCUAAAGAGGAAAAAUCAGAUCUUCAAGUUUCUUCGCAUGUACAACUUUGCUCUUAUCAUUCUUUCUCUUGCCUAUCAGUCUCCUUUUGUAGACAAUGUUACUGGGGAGAAUCCUGAAAAGAUUGAAUACAUCUAUGAGAUGAUUGGAUUGUAUAAAUAUGAUUACGGGUUUCGGAUUACGUCGAGAUCUGCAUUGGUUGAGAUUAUCAUAUUUAUGUUAGUGUCGCUCCAGUCUUACAUGUUUUCAUCGCAAGAAUUCGAUUAUGCAUCUAAAUAUCUCGAGGCAGAGCAAAUUGGUGCUAUAGUGCGUGAACAAGAGAAGAAAGCUGCAUGGAAGACUGCUCAAUUGCAGUAUAUUCGUAAAUCUGAAGAAAAGAAACGUCAGCGCAACUUGCAAGUAGAGAAGAUGAAAUCAGAGAUGCUCAACCUACAAACCCAGCUACAUGGUAUGAACUCGACUGUGAACUGUGUUAAUUGUUCUUCUGAACGCGAAGGUCUCAGAAGAAGAAAAAGAAGAUACACUUCUUUGCACACUAAUGGAGGGACACAGACUAUAGAUAAGGAGCUUAUCGACCAGAAACAGGACCUAAGUUAUGCUGUUGAUUCUUCAUUUGUUUGUGAAACAAAUGAUUAUCUUACAGACUCAAAAGUAGAAAGUCCGUCAUCUGUGGGAUCCAUGGGUCAUGGUGUUGGUUCUCCAAUUUGUGAAAUUAGAGAACUUGGUGAAGAAACUUUGCUGAUGGAUUCAAAUAGAAGAGAGAAAGAACGACUAUUUGAAAGUCCUUUGAUUUCUGCUGUACAGUUGAUAGGUGAUGGUGUAUCUCAGGUACAGUCGCUUGGGAAUCAGGCUAUGACGAACUUUGUGAACUUACUGAACAUAACCCAUGAAGAUUCAGAAACAAGUGAGUAUUCCUCUGCAGAUGAUGGUGCCUACGAAGAGAUAGAGAGUCAGAAUAGAAGGUUUGAGCACUUGGGUCGAUUCUCUUCUGUUCAAUCUGGUAGUGAAUUUGUUAUGCCUGAAUCGACAAGCCGGCAGAUUGGGAGAGUUUUCCGUUACGUAUGGGCUCAGAUGCGAGCAAAUAAUGAUUUUGUGUGCUACUGCUGUUUCGUAAUUGUAUUCCUUUGGAACUUCAGCUUGCUUUCUAUGGUCUAUCUCACAGCCCUCUUUUUGUAUGCUCUCUGUGUGAAUUCUGGUCCAAGUUACAUUUUCUGGGUAAUUAUGCUAGUCUACACCGAGGUUUAUGUUUUACUCCUCUAUGUGUAUCAAAUCAUUAUCCAACACUGGGGUUUGGACAUACAGUGGGACCUGCUGCAUGAAUUAGGGUUUCCCAGUCAUCCAAUCAUGUCCUCAUUCGUCGUGAGUACAUUGCCUCUCUUUCUGGUGUAUGUGUUUACUCUCUUACAGUGCUCUAUAAUUGCGAAGGACGGUGAAUGGGUAUCUGUUAUGGAAUUCAAAUUUUUUAGGAGUCAUCGUCGUCACCCCGAAGAGGUUGUGCUGCAAUCUAGUUUGACAGAGAGGGCAGAGAGACUGGUUUUAAUGGUAAGAAAUGUGAUCAAAGCGAUGGUGCGGUUAUUAUCUAGGCACUGGAAAUCACUGACACGAGGAGCAGAAUCACCCCCUUACUUUGUACAGCUGUCGAUGGUAGUUAAGGUGUGGCCAGAUGAUGGAAUUCAGCCAGAAAGGAUCGAGUCGGGAAUAAAUAAGUUGCUUAAGAUUGUUCACGAUGAGAGAUGCAGGAACACGAACCCUAAUACGUGCACUUCUGCUAGUCGAAUUCGUGUGCAGAGCAUCGAAAGAAGUCAAGAAACCCCUAAUAUAGCUUUGACAGUUUUUGAAGUCAUAUAUGCUUCUGAUCUGACUGAGUGUCCUCCAACAGAAUGGUAUAAGUCACUAACUCCAGCAAUGGAUGUGGCCAAAGAGAUCAUCAAAGCCCAACGUGCUGGUUUAUUUGACGAGAUUGCAUUCCCUUACCCUAUAGUCUCUGUCAUUGGCGGUGGGAAAAGAGAACUUGACUUGUAUGCUUACAUAUUUUGUGCAGAUUUGGUUGUUCUUUUUUUGAUUGCCAUUUUCUAUCAAUCUGUUAUUAAAAAUAACAGCGAAUUUCUAGAAGUUUACCAACUUGAAGAUCAAUUCCCCAAAGAAUUUGUGUUUGUCCUAAUGAUCAUCUUUUUCUUGAUUGUGCUUGAUCGCAUUAUAUACCUAUGUUCGUUCCCCACCGGAAAAGUUGUAUUUUAUGUCUUCAACCUCAUCCUCUUUACUUACUCAGUCACUCAGUAUGCUUGGAACAUGGAACCUUCACAUAAGCACGCGGGAGAGUUAGCACUCCGUGCUAUCUAUCUCACCAAGGCAGUUUCUCUCUCUCUACAGGCCAUACAGAUUCGCUAUGGAGUUCCUCACAAAAGUACACUGUAUCGGCAGUUCUUGACGAGUAAGGUUUCACAUAUUAAUUAUUUGGGAUUCCGUCUUUACCGCGCCCUUCCCUUCCUGUAUGAAUUACGGUGUGUACUUGAUUGGUCAUGUACAACCACAUCUCUGACUAUGUAUGAUUGGCUGAAGUUGGAGGACAUUCAUUCCAGCUUGUAUCUCGUCAAAUGUGACGUUGAUUUGAAUAGAUCUAAACGUCAACAGGGAGAUAAACAAACUAAAAUGACCAAGUUCUGCAGUGGGAUAUGUCUAUUCUUUGUUUUGAUCUGUGUUAUCUGGGCCCCUAUGUUGAUGUACAGCAGCGGUAAUCCAACAAACAUUGCAAACCCUAUCAAAGGUGCGAGUGUGCAGAUAGACAUUAAGACAGAAGGAGGAAAGUUGACUUUGUAUGAGACCACACUGUGCAAAAAGAUAUCAUGGGAUGAUAUAGAUGUUGAUCUGGAUCCUCGUGGUUAUCUGGAUACAUAUAAUGUUGAUGACAUCCAAUUUGUUUGCUGCCAAGCUGACGCAAGUACUGUGUGGCUUGUUCCUCCCGUUGUUCUGCAUAGAUUCGUUCAGACCAUUAAUGACGAGAUGAGUAUUAGUUUUUCAUGGGUAUUUACGAGGGAUCGUCCUAAAGGGAAAGAAAUUGUGAAAUAUGAAAUCGUCCAUGAUCUUUUCCCAGAACCAUCAAUAGUUGAGGCAGUUUUCAAUGGUACUGCCAACAAUUUCAGGAUGUAUGAUGUUUAUCCGAGAUAUUUCCGGGUUACGGGAUCUGGUGAUGUUCGGCUUCUUGAACAAGCGGUGGAUCAAGUUAGCGGAGAUCUUAUUUUGAAUCGUGGGAAUACAGAGUGGUGGUCAUUCAAUGACCUAAAUGCAUCAACUGGAUGUGGAGACUUAACAGGACCUAUGGCCAUAAUUGUAUCCGAGGAAACACCGCAAGGUAUUCUCGGUGAAACUCUAAGCAAGUUCAGCAUCUGGGGUUUAUACAUAUCCUUUGUUUUAGCGGUUGGUCGGUUCAUCAGACUUCAAUGCUCAGACCUAAGAAUGAGGAUACCCUUCGAAAAUCUUCCUUCCUGUGACAGGUUGAUAGCAAUAUGUGAAGAUAUCUAUGCUGCAAGAGCAGAGGGUGAACUUGAAGUUGAAGAAGUUCUUUACUGGACACUAGUAAAGAUCUACAGAUCUCCUCACAUGUUGCUCGAGUACACCAAACCUGAUUAGACUUAUACACAAGCUAGUACCUAGUCGCUCCAUUUGUUUCUUUGUGGUGAUUAGUGAAAGGAGUUCGAUUCAAAUCCAGCAAAGUAACAUGAAUACAGAGCAAACAGAUUCAUAGACAAUCAAAAGUCUGUAUGAGCUUUGGAGGGUUUCUCAACACACGGCAAGGAUGUGUGUUCACCUUUACACGGUAAGGGUUUCUUAACACUUGAUAGAGCUGAAACAAUUUAAAUGGUUCCUGUUGUUAAACUACUGAGCCCCACGCUUACAAGAGCCGAAGCAAGUUAUAUAGUUCAUUUUGUACAACAAAUCCUCCUACUUUGCGACCAGGUUCGUCGACUUACUACUGGCACUCAGAAGAGUUCAGAGCAUGUAAAUAUCCAAUUUAGUUUUAUACCCACCUGACCUGACCACAUCACAACCAGAAUUAAAUGUUAAAAAUGUAUGGGCUUGUAUUUUAUUUUCAGCCCAAGUAUCAAGUUAUCACGUAACAUAUUUCAUAGCACUUAGGAUCCAUGAAAUUUUCAAAUUACUAGCGUGGCAUACGGCUAAUUUCCGUCUGAAACUUUCUAAUGUAGUUAGCUGGUACUUACAGUACAAUGAGAUGAAACCGAAAAACUUGGAAAAUCUUUAUUUUGGUAA